GCUGUUGCUGCUGCUGCUGUCGCUGCUCGGGAUUUCUUGGCUGUGGGGAAGAGCAGUGGCCGAUCUGUUGCUGCUGCUGCCCUUGGUGAUGCGCAGCCCAAUCCAAUUAGCUGUCACCUCUAGAGCCUCUCUGGCAGCUCCAGGCCUGAGUGUGUGUUAGUGUGUGUGUUAGUGUGUGUGAGUGUGUGAGUGGGGCUGCAGUUCCCUGCCACAGCCCAGCCUAUCGCAGCAGCCUCAGGAUGCUCUCUGCUCCGCACAGCUCAAUCGCCCCUUCCUAGCGGUCCCACUAGCUGUCAAGUCGCUGCUUCAUGGCUUUUCUGCUACUUUUCCCUUCUUUCCAUAUUCUGCUGUAGAACUGGGUCAAACAAGGCAUGGGACUAUCUCUCACCGAACAGGGGCUUCACCCGCAUCCCCUCUAACAGGAGCACCCAAGUGUUGGUGAAGGAAUGAGCCUACCUUCCACUGGAAGAGAUCACAUUAAACAAGCUUGAUGCACUGAAUUAUCCAUCUCCCUUGGAGUCUACAAAAAUAUUGUGACAUCUCAUUUUUCCCCAUGACUGCUCAGUUAAAGAAACUGAUAUAACAACUUAAUUUCCUGCAAUAUGGCAGAAAAAGCUCCCCCUGGACUCAACAGGAAAACUUCAAGGUCAACUCUGUCUCUUCCUCCAGAGCCGGUGGAAAUCAUUCGAAGCAAAGCAUGUUCACGGAGGGUAAAAAUAAAUGUAGGGGGUCUGAACCACGAGGUUUUGUGGCGGACUUUAGACCGAUUGCCAAGGACAAGAUUAGGGAAACUAAGGGACUGCAAUACUCAUGAAAGCCUCCUGGAAGUAUGCGAUGACUAUAACUUGAAUGAAAAUGAGUAUUUUUUUGACCGACAUCCAGGAGCAUUUACUUCCAUUUUAAAUUUCUAUAGGACGGGAAAGUUACAUAUGAUGGAGGAAAUGUGUGCACUGUCAUUUGGUCAGGAACUUGAUUAUUGGGGAAUUGAUGAAAUAUAUCUAGAGUCCUGUUGCCAGGCUAGAUAUCAUCAGAAAAAAGAACAGAUGAACGAGGAGCUGAGACGAGAGGCAGAAACACUAAGAGAAAGGGAAGGUGAAGAAUUUGAUAAUACGUGUUGUCCAGAAAAAAGGAAAAAGCUCUGGGACUUACUGGAAAAACCCAAUUCAUCUGUAGCUGCAAAGAUUUUGGCCAUUAUAUCAAUCCUGUUCAUCGUACUGUCAACCAUUGCAUUAUCACUGAACACACUUCCUGAUUUGCAAGAAACUGACGAGUUUGGACAACCCAAUGACAACCCACAGCUGGCACACGUUGAAGCUGUAUGCAUUGCUUGGUUCACCAUGGAGUAUCUUCUGCGUUUCCUUUCUUCUCCAAACAAAUGGAAGUUUUUCAAAGGUCCUUUGAACAUCAUUGAUCUGUUGGCCAUUUUACCAUAUUAUGUCACCAUUUUCCUCACUGAGUCAAACAAAAGUGUGCUUCAGUUCCAGAAUGUAAGGCGUGUUGUCCAAAUAUUUCGAAUCAUGAGGAUAUUGCGAAUCCUUAAGUUGGCCAGACAUUCCACGGGGCUUCAGUCAUUAGGAUUUACCCUCAGACGGAGUUACAAUGAACUGGGAUUACUAAUAUUAUUUUUGGCAAUGGGGAUUAUGAUUUUUUCCAGUUUGGUGUUUUUUGCUGAAAAAGAUGAGGACGCAACAAAGUUUACUAGCAUACCAGCAUCAUUUUGGUGGGCUACAAUUACCAUGACUACAGUUGGCUAUGGGGACAUAUAUCCUAAGACAUUACUAGGUAAAAUAGUUGGGGGUCUUUGUUGCAUUGCUGGUGUGUUGGUUAUAGCAUUGCCUAUACCAAUUAUAGUGAAUAACUUUUCUGAGUUCUACAAAGAGCAGAAACGGCAGGAGAAGGCAAUAAAGAGAAGAGAGGCACUUGAAAGGGCAAAGAGAAAUGGAAGCAUCGUGUCUAUGAAUCUUAAAGACGCAUUUGCACGCAGUAUGGAACUGAUUGAUGUUGUAGUAGAUAAAUCAGCAGAUGGGUCUAAUAAAAUGGAGAAGCCAAGUGAUAAUCAUUUAUCCCCAAGUCGAUGGAAAUGGUCACGAAGGACUUUAUCUGAAACAAGUUCAAACAAAUCAUUUGAUAAUAAGUAUCAGGAGGUGAGUCAACACGAUUCCCAAGAACAACUCAACAAUGCUUCUUCUAGCCCACAGCAUCUCAGUGCUCAAAAACUAGAGGAGCUGUACAAUGAGAUAACAAAAGCUCAGUCACAUCCCAGUGUCAAUUCAUCCUUCCAGGAACAGGCUGCUGUUCCACCUGCAUAUGAAGAAGAAAUAGAAAUGGAGGAGGUUUCAACAAAAAAGACUCAACUUUCAGUGGCUCAGAAAGAUAUAGUCACUGACAUGAGAAGUGUUUCCAGCAUAGAUAGUUUUGCAAGUUGUGCAACUGAUUUUACAGAAACAGAAAGAUCUCCCCUUACGCCAUACCCUGGAAGUAACCUUGAAAUCCGGUUCCCUUCCUACACAGUGCCUGAGGAAGGCCAUGACGGGAACGUGACUCAGAUUUUGCCACGCUCCAAAUACAUGGGUUUUGCUCCCAAAGAUGUUACUUUUGAAUAUAAGUUAUCUGAGCGUUCUAAUAAAAAUGAUAAUGGAACCCCUAAAAUAUUACUGCAAGACCAAGCUGGAAAUGAAGUAGAAAGCCCUGAAUGCUCUCUGAGAAGGAAUAAUCCCCUAAGAUCACGGUCUCUCAAAGUCAAUUUCAAAGAAGGAAAGGGCAUGUCUCAAGCAGGCCCAACAAACUUUACAAGUGCUUUGCCAGUAAACAUGAUAGACCAUCCCUUGUACACCCAUCUGCAGCUAAGCACAAUUUUCCUGCGAGAUUAUCCAUCUCAGGAGCAGCCAUCAAACUUGCAAACAGAUUCAUCAAGUGAGCAUUCCAGAUCCUUGCAGGUGUCUCCAAAGCAUAAUCCCAAACUUUUUGCGCUCCCUUCGAACAUGAAAAGCAGUUUCACUGAAAUUGGCACCGAAGACGAAGACUUUAUGCAAAUUUGUGGCGAAAAAAACAAUACUCAGGAGAACAUGAAAACAAACUGCACUGAGGAAAAGCCUGAAGGACACUUUGUGAACCUUGAAACGUCUGUGCUCUCACCACAGAAAAUCGUAAGUCAGAACUGUACUCAGGACAUUUACCUCCCAGAGGUGGAUUCAAAUCAGGAAACAAAUCAGGAAGAGAGCAAGGUGGAAAAUCAUCUGUUUGUCCCAGAAGUCCACCCGGACACGGGGGAGACAGGUUAUUGUCAAACACGUGAGACCAGCAUGUGACUAGUUGCAAAAGCAAUAAUGACUUAAUGACUUUUCCCCCCAAAAGCACUAAGGAUGGUUAUGCCUGCAAACUGAAGAAGAGAAGCUUUGAGGAUGAACACAAACCAUUAAUUUUGCAUGGCAUGAAGGAUUGCUUAGUUUCUAUAGUUCAUGAGAUACACUUUUUUUUAAACAAGACACAAGAUGUUUCUAAUAAAGAGAGCGUUGCUCUGAGCUGCUGUACUGCAUAUCCUGGCAUUUUGAUCUUUUAAACUGUAGGUGAUGCCCGUCCUGCAGCACUCUAGCAUGCUAGGCGUUGUAAUUGAUUCACAGCUAUAGGGCAGCAGUUGGGAUUAAGAAGUCAGCGCAUACAUGCCGAAGGAUAAGGUGCUUUGAGCUUUAAGAAAGCCUACAUGUGUACAUAUGUUACCUAGAAGAGAGAGUUUUAAAAGUAUAUAGGGUAUAUAUAUAUAUGAAUAUACUGUAUAUGGGAAACUGGGGCAUAGGUACUUCCUUCACAGUAUACACUGCUCAGAGGAUCUGUACAGACAUGUUGCACAAUUGCAACCAUUGCAUGACUUUGUCCAGUGCUCUACAGGUCUGCAUUCCAAUGCACUGAUCUCCGUUGUGUGGCAGGCUUUAGUAACACUGGAAAUGUUAUGCAGAUUAAAUAUAACGCUUUGUGUUCGGGAAACAUUUGUUGGUAUAUAUGAAGAGAAUAUUUUUUAUUUAUUGUGCUAUAAAUCACUGCAGAUUUUUUGCUGUGCAUAAUAACUGUUUUUUUUCCCUUUUUGUUUUUUUCAUUUCUUAUUAAAAAUAAAGUUACAAAAAAUAGGCGAGAUUUGUUGACCAGAUUCACGGGUGUGAAGACUGAUGUUUUGCCAAUAUGUUAUCAAUAAUAAUGUCCCACAGUCAGAUCCAAAGGUACAUUUAUUGAUCGCCACAUAACUAGUGCCAAUUGCCUCGAUAUAACCCCCUUUGUCUGUCCAUAUUUAAUGUCAUUUUUUCUUUGGUCCAAAUUUCUGUAUGUUGUAUUUUCUCUGUUAAGUGCUUAUUUCUUUUAUUUAGUGAAAAUGUCAUUUCAGCACACACCCCUGUCCGCACACACAAAAAUACAUCCGACACAGUUUUAGCAUAUUCAUAGAUUCUCCAUUAAAUACUGUUGUAGAGAAAGACUCAUUUUGACAUUCUGUGUUAUUAAAUAAACAGGGGAAGGGCAACUCUGGCACCUUAUAAUAUACGGGUAUAGGAGAGAGUUCAUUUGACAUAUACUAUGUAACGCACAGCUACCCUAAACCAUAUACAGCUCAGGUUUGGUAUUGAAUGCUUAUUUCUUAUUAAAUGCACAUUCUGUCUUUCCCACUAA